AUGUUUAGCAUGCUUUCUCGAAGAACUGCGGUUUUCGUAGGAAGAAGUAAGUUAAGUAGUACCAUUGCAAUAAGAACUCUAAUUGGAUCAAGUAAAGUUGAGGCCAUCCCAUCUCCGAGAAAGAUCAAAAAGCAGUUAGAUGAGUAUAUCAUAGGACAAGAGACUAGCAAGAAAGUACUCAGUGUAGCUGUCUAUAACCAUUACUUGCGAGUUAAUGACAAGUUGAGAAAGAAUGAGAUCAAGAAGCAAAAGAAACUGCUGGAAUUGAACAAAUCUUUGAGUGUUGAGUCAUCGAAUUCUGAAGCUACUGCUGGAUUGAAGAGUAUUAAGCGACAACUGGAUAAUCUAGAAGAUGCCGACUUGGAAUUAAGUAAAAGUAAUGUUCUCGUGGUUGGGCCCUCUGGUUCUGGUAAAACGCUGUUGGCGACUACUUUGGCAAGAAUACUGGAUGUUCCUAUUGCUGUCACAGAUUGUACGCAAUUGACCCAGGCUGGUUAUAUCGGUCAGGAUGUAGAAGUUUGCAUUGAAAGACUGUUGGUUAAUGCAAAUUUUGAUGUUUCUAAGGCAGAAAGGGGAAUCAUUGUUUUGGAUGAAAUUGAUAAACUUUCUAAGCCUGCUGCAAGUAUAGGUACGAAGGACGUUUCAGGCGAGGGUGUCCAACAGUCAUUAUUGAAGAUAAUUGAGGGCCAUAAAGUUGAAUUAACUGUUAAAAGACCCGUAAAGUCUCAGAAGGGUAAUGAGAAUAAGAACCAAGUCACGACGACAAAGGAGGAAAAUUUUGUCAUUGACACAUCUAAUAUUCUGUUCAUGAUUAUGGGAGCAUUUGUUGGACUGGAUAAGCAUGUUGUAAAUAGAAUUAAUGCUUUGAAGGAUAGCAAUAAAAAGGGAAAAGAAGAAGGAACAAAGAACUCAGAGGAGAAGAAAAGAUCAAAAUUUGGUAACUUUAUUGAAGACGUAGAGUUACCAAAUGGCGAAAAGGUCUCUGCCCUAAGUUUAACUACUCCAACGGAUUUAGUCGGUUUUGGGCUAAUACCUGAACUGGUAGGAAGAGUCCCUAUAAUCACGGCAUUGGAUCCUUUACAAACUACCGAUUUGUAUAAUAUUCUGAGAGAGCCUAAGAAUGCUCUUCUGGACCAAUAUGAGUACAUCUUCAAACAAUUUGGUGUCAGGUUAUGCGUAACCAAAAAAGCCAUCAAAAGAAUUGCACAGCUGGCAUUAAACGAAGGUACAGGCGCAAGAGGGUUAAGAGGUGUCAUGGAAAGGCUUUUACUCAACGUUAAUUUUGAAAGUCCCGAUUCUGGUAUCUCAUAUGUUUUGAUAGAUGAGUCAACAGUGAACUCUUUACAACAGACAAAGUAUUCUUUAGCAACACAUGUAGACGCCAAAUACUACUUAAGCUCUCAACAAGGUGAUCUGAUCCGGGACGCCUCGAGGGAAGACAUCAUAUUAGCUGGAUUACUGGAGAAAGAAUUUUUACGAACAUCGGUCAUUGAAAGAAAGAAUUAA